GUGUGGGACUCAAGGGGCUGCGUGGCGGCAGACCCCAUGAAGCUGUUCGAGGAAGUUGCCAAAGGCGGAGGUGCUGCAGGCCACGGAGGCUCCGGAUACCGAGGCGCGCCUGCGGAUCCGGCAGAGCUGGCCCGGACGACAUGGGCGGUGCCUGCGCCGCGGCGCCUCCGCCUCCUACGGCGGCCGCAACGCCUGCGCCUUUGGCGGAAGCGCCUCCUGCGGAGCCUGAGGCUCCGGUGCCUAAGGCUCCAGAGGACGACGUCCAAGGGGCAUCGAAGACUCCAGAGCAGCGGCUGGUGGCGCAAGUUCAGGGCCCGAAUAAGGCGGCCAAGGAGAAGAGGCGGGCGGUGCAUGAGAAUCUAGUGGGCUCCUACCUUCUUUGA